AUGGAUAACGUGGAGGAAGAAGACUUCGGAGCGGCCAUUGUUAUCGGUUCAGAAACGACGGAGGCUGAGAAGGAAUAUGAAAGAGUUCUCGAACAAAUGCGAGAGUCAGAAGGACUCAAGCUGUAUACAGAUGUUUAUACGAAGCUGUACGAUUCUUACUAUAAGCUGAAGGAAGAAAAUAUCGCACACCAGGAGAACAUAGCCAAUUUAACGCAUAAAGUGGGUCGGUACGAUGGCGUCAUCAACACCUACCUCAAUGAGAUAUCUGACUCCAACAAGACUAUUGAUAAGUUGCGAGCUGAAAUUGAGGAAGCCCGCGCGCUAGCAGACGCCAUGCACGCGAGGGAAUUAGCGAGCGUGGAGUCAUUGGAGACGAUGAAGAAGACGGUCACCCGGCUGGAGAAGGAACUGGAUGCGAGGAAACGCGCGGGGGAUGAUGACGCGGGUGCAACCUCAGCGGUGAAAGAAAAAGAGAAAUUCGAAAAGGAGAAAGCUCGUCUCCAAGGUGAAUUGGAUGGAGUUAAAUUGCGAUUAACCAAUGCACUCGGUUAUAUAGAAGAGUUGGAGCAAAAGAAUACAGCUGCUGAUGAGAAUAUAGCCAAACUGGAAGAACAGUUGGAGGAAGCUGAUAACAACGCAGUUAGACAAAACCGGCUAGUGGACCACCUCAAAGGUGAAAGUGCGACGCUUAAGAGUGAAGUGGAGAGCCGCGGGAAUCAAAUCACUACUCUUAAAGAUAAGCUAACAAAAGCCGAGAAGACGAUCGACAGACGCGACAGGCAACUGAAGGACCUUGGUCACAAGCUGGAGGUAGCUCAGCAGGAACAGGAAGCGGCUUCUAAUAAAGCAGCUCAGCUUAGAGAACAGCUAGAUUUCACUAACGCUGAGUUUGAUAAAACUAAACAAGCACUAACCAAUACUAGCAAGGAACUUAAGAACACGAUUGAUGAUGGUAACCGCCUCCGCAACGAAGUCUCCAAAUUGACAAAGCAGGGCGUGCAGCAGAUGAAGAAGUACCAGCUGUUGGAGCAAGCCAAGGCUGGAGUGGAACAUGACAGAGAGAAUUUGAGACAACAAGUGAGCGUUAUGGAGAGAGAGAUAAUGCUGAAUAAAAAGCAAGCGGAAGCCGACAGAAGAGAGAUAGAAAACAUGAACAGGGAGAAGGAAAUAUUCAAUAAGAACAUGCAGAAGAUUCAGAACGAAGCCAUGGAGAACCUGUUAAUCAUCAACCGGCAGGAGCAGCGGCGGAAGCAGCUGGAGCACGAGCUGGAAGUGUCCGCGGCGCAGGUGAACAAGCAGCGGCUCAUCAUCAGACAGCUGGAGAAGGACAAGGACAGAAUGCUCGAAGACACAAUAGCUCUUAAUGAGAAAAUAGACGAAAUAUCCGAGGAGGUCCGCCUCCGCACCGCGGACAUUCUGGACCUCAAGAAGGCACUCCGCGACGAGGGCAUCAACAGCCGAAAGCUCUCCGUCGCGCUGGACACCACGCGCGCUGAACGCAACAUGCUGCACAAGAAUCACACCGAGGCGCUGGAUGAGAUACAGGAUCUGAAACAGAAGCUUAAGAUGUUGGCGUACCAGAUAGAGCAGCUGAAGGAGGACAUAAGCGGCAAGGAGAGCUCGCUCAAGUCGUGCGAGGGCGCGCUCAGCAAGUGCAGCAAGCGCGGCGAGCAGCUGCGCGCCGAGGUGCAGGCCGGCGCCGUGCGCAUCGCUGACCUGCGCGCCGAGCUCGCCGCCGCGCGACAGGAGGAGGCGCGCCUCGCCCGCGCCCUGCAGGAAAGCGACGCAGCGAAAGCGAAGCUUCAAAAAGAGGUGGAGGGGCUGGUAAGCGAGCGCGACGUGGUCGGCGCGCAGCUCGUGCGCCGCAACGACGAGAUCGCGUUGCUUUAUGAGAAGAUACGCAUACUGGAGCUGACGCUGCAUAGAGGUGAGAGACAAUAUGAGCAAAGAGUGGAGGACAUCCGACUUCUGCGAUUGGAGAUCAUCCGACUGCGCAAAGAGAAGAACUUACUGUCUAAAGGCAUUGAGAAUAUGACCGACUUGAGACUGGAGGUGUUCAACCUGGAGCGCGAGCUGGGCCGCGAGCGGCUGCGCGUGCGCGCGCUCGAGGAGGCGCUCGAGACGCCGCUCAACGUGCACCGCUGGCGCAAGCUGCAGGGCACCGACCCCGACAGCGUGCACCUCACGCACAAGCUGCGCCUCACGCAGAGAAAAGUGUUGGCCCAGAGCGAGAUGUUGGUGCUAAAGGAUCGCGAGCUGAAGGAGACGAGGAACUUGUACGGCGCCGUCAAGGACAUGCUCGCCUUGCAGCCCAGCCCUGAGAUACAGCAAACUCUGAACAGGACACAGCGUGCUCUUGCUCAAAGAACGACGAAAAUGAAAUGUCUUAUAGCUGAAUUAAGCAUGCGUGAGAAGCAAGUGACCGAUUUACGUUUGGAGCUAGAUAAAGUAAACGAAGAUUUGAACUCGUUCAAGCAGAAAUACUAUGAGAUGAAGAGGGCUCUGGACGCGGAUGAAGCUCGACGACUUAAAAUACCUACACCUUGAGACUUAUAAAUUUUGUGCUUGCUGUUAUUGAUAGGAAUUUUGUAGAACCGACAGCAUGUCUCAAAUGUU